CUGGACUUCAUUUUCCUCCACUACCACCGCUGAAGGCAUCCGAAGGCUUCAUUGCAAGGCAUUAGACUGCUCACAUCCAGUCCUGCGCUAGACCUUCAGACAGAAGCCCACAGCGCCCUCCAAAUCCCCUUCGGCCUCGCUCUCUUCAUACCAAAAUGGCGGCAGCACCAUCCAUGGCCGCGGCCCUCGCCGCCUCCCUCCCUGCACCCCAAGCUGCCCCAGCACCCGCGGCGCCCACAUAUGAAGCCAUCCCGGCCUCCAUGGCCAAAGUCAUCGACAUCGAGGCCGAGAUCCCUGUGACCACCGUGCAGCUGGAUGGAAUAGUCAUCACAAAAAUCAUCAAGCAUAGCCGCGAGGCGCCGUCUGCGACUGCCCAUGGGUUAUUAUUGGGCCUCGACCUCGAUGGGACGCUGGAAGUGUCGAAUUCAUUUCCUCUACCGUUGCACGGCGGAGGGGACGACGACGACAAGUCCACGAAAUCUGUCGCGCGGUAUCAAGCACAGAUGUUACGAUCUUUGAAGGAGGUGCAGUCAGAUGACAGUGUCGUCGGGUUCUACCAAGCGUCGACGAUGGGCGCGUUCUUCAGUCAAGCCUUAAUAGACACGCAGGCAAUUCAUCAAGACAAGCUUAGACAUGGAGGCAUUGUUGUCGUUCAUGACAUCACCCAGACUGCGCGUGGCAACGCUGCAUUCCGUGCCUUCCGGUUAACAAAGUCAUUUUUGGACGCGUUCAAGAAAAGUAACUUUAGCACGCCGAGUUUAAUCGACCAUCAAUUAACAUUCUCUACCAUCCUGGAAGAGAUCCCGGUCGAAAUCCGUACCAACGCUCUGCUAAGCUCAUUCCUGAACACCCUUACCACGCCGACCCCGUCACCCCUCCCUGAUGCCUCUCCCGCCGAGGCCUCGACAUCCUCGUUGCCGCCCUCAUUCUCCAAUCUAAACUUAGGCGCGAUAGGCGUGGUCAGGAACCUCGAGCAGGUGAACGACGCACUGGAUAGCUACAGGACGGAGGAAGGGAAUCUCGCGUACCUGCAGCGGCAGAUCGCCCGUGAGAAGUCGCGGGCAGAUGCUUACGUUGCGAAACGGAAGGAAGAGAACGCUUCGCGGGUGGCGCAGGGUCUCGCGCCCCUCCCCGAAGAAGACGUGAGCAGACUCUUCAAAAUCCCGCCAGAGCCGAGCAGGCUGGAGAGUAUGUUGCUGCUGGGUCAGGUUGAUGCGUAUGGGAAGAGUCUGGCGGGAAUCACGAGUGCGGGGCUGGUGAAGAUGUAUGCGGCGAAGGCCAACUCCGAUAUCUGAGGAUGAUGGGUCCGUGGAUGAGGAUGAGAAUAGCCUUGGCUGUGCCCAAGUCUCUCAUCCGUGGCGACGGACGCCGUCUUCAGCGUACGCCGCGUAUGUAACAUAUGACCGUUGCCUGCUAUACAGUGGCUACUGAGCGACGUGUGUCUUGGAAUCAAGCGGGCCUCCGCAGCAUGGCAGCAG